AUGGGGUGCGCCACAACUUAUCACCCACAAACCAGUGGACAGGUGGAAGUCUCCAAUAGGGAGGUGAACCAAAUUCUGCAAAAGACUGUUAAUGCACAAUGGAAGGAUUGGGCAGAAAAGCUAGAUGAGGCAUUAUGGGCAUAUAGAACUGCUUAUAAAACCCCCAUCAGGACAUCCCCUUAUCAAAUGGUGUUUGGUAAAACGUGUCACCUCCUAGUUGAGCUAGAAAAUCAAGCUUACUGGACAAUCACGAAGCUUAACCUGGAACCAGAGCUAGAAGGAUGGAAGCGAGUAGAUCAGUUGCAUGAGUUAGAAGAGUUUAGACUCCACGCCUACAAGAAUGCCAAGCUAUACAAGGAGAAACCAAAGCGAUGA